AUGUGUCCUGGAGGCGCAAACACCGGGUUACCCAUCCAUUCGCUACUCUUCGCCAACUCGAUCUUCGAGGAUCUCGAGCCCGCGCUGGCCGCGGAGUCAGUGCAUUGGCCGGAUGGCCCAUCAUCCGGCGCCCCCCGCGCGCCGCCCAAGUUCUCCGCGGGCGGCUGGUCGCGCCUCACUCAGGCGCUAAGCAACAGCCGCGCGCUGACGCCGACGCAGAAGAACUGGGAAGUUAAACGCGACGGAAAGCGGGGCGUCGCUGGAACCGGAGUCGCGCGGACCUCCAAAGCGGCGCCGCCGUCGAAGUCAGCCGCCGCCUCCAAGCCGCGAUCAGCUUCACGUCCGCCGCCGUCACUCGGUGGUGCCGCCGACCCUAAAACGGACGGCGAACCGGCGCUCCUUCUGCUUCCCGACGGCUCCGUCCAAAUCGUCACGUCGCCCCAUUCUGUCGCCGAGUCGCGUAGCCCAAAAUUGGCUGGCGACGAGGCCGCCGGCGUCGCGAAUGACGACAGAAGAAGGCCCACCCGCGCAAGCGACGUGCUUCAGAAUCACCUGGGCUGCCAGGUGGGGUCGCUGACGUCAUCCAAUGGAUUUCUCCGACCGCAGCAAGUGAUGAAGCCUGGGCACGUGUACUUCCUCCAGCCACCUCAGGCUCCGACAAACGCCGCCGCGCUUCCAGCCCCCGAUGUCAACAGAAUUAGUCCAGGCGAUGACGAGAGUGCUGCGGCCGCAUUGACCUUACAACGAGACAGUGCUACUAACGCGGAUCAUGGCGCGGCUGGGAUGCACAUCGAGGCGGAAGAGCACGCCCUGGACGAUGUGACUAUAACGGAGGAAGGACUAACGGCAAGCAUUCUUGCAGCAUCGUCUGCGACUUGCUCCCCGUCACUGCUCCCGGAAUCACCAAGCCUACAGCCUCCUCUCCUCUCCCUCGACCGCCGCAACCUCUCCCCCUCCCCCAUGCCAUCCAUCUACCGCACUCCCUGCACCUGCUGCAGCGCUAAACGCCCCACCACCCCCACAUCCCACUUCUCCCCAGUCCUCACCCACUCGCUCACCCUCUCCCCCACCUCCUCCGCUGCCACGAAUUCCACGUUCCCAUCGCCCAUGCUCUCCCCCAGAUGCCCACCCUCCCCACCAUCGCCAUCACCAUCCCUUCCCUGCCCAACUAAUUAUUCCAGCCGCCCAAAAGUCGGCCACUUUUUCGCGGUUCCGGAAGAUCUCAGCUUCCAACUGGACAAUGCUGCCGCUCAGAUAUUUGCCACUGCUGCGCAGGAGCGCGCGCAGUCGCCGUUGAUGCACCGCGGCUGGUGCACGGCCGGACGUAGCAUCCAUCCCCAGUUCUCGACCGGCAUUGGCUGCAACGAGUGUGACAACGACGCAAGUGCUACAACGUGGAGCUACAGUGCAAGACACACUGGCGUUAAACUUGCAACCAGCACCGGAUUUCCCCGCGUAAGCAGCAACCGCAGCGACGACAACAACGACAGCAAUGGCAUUGGCGUAUUCGGCAACAGGCACAGGAGAAGCUACUCCCGGGGGCUUGAAUCGACAGGAGAGCAACUGGGCGAGGAGAACGUGUUUGAGAAUGCGUUUGAAAGGAGACAAGUGCAGCGGCCGCACAACCCCUUCAGAUUGCAUGGAAGGCCCGUGGUUACUGUAGAGGACAUGGUGUUUGGCCGCGUCGCGCCCAGUCAGUCAUGA